UUGUGUUGUCCUUAUUCUCUUCGUUUGUCGUUGUUGUCCUCGUUGUCGUAGUCGUCGUCUAUUUGAAAUUAUUUAAAAAAUAAAACUGACAUUUCAGUACUUUAGUUUAGUCGGCAAGUUAAUCCUUUCGAGAGCGAAGUCUGUUUUAUGCGGUGCGUUCCAUUAAACAAAAAAAAAAACCCGAAUUCCAAUUGAAAAAUAUAAAAAAUAAAAGUUAAAAUAAAAAUGCAAAGCUAGAAAAAAGGGUGAUUCUAUGUUGGAACGUCAAACGACAAAUGACACGACGACGACGACCGUAAACCGUGUUACCAUUAAUUUUGCAUUUAAAAUUCAGUUAAAGCGCGAGUGCCUCUGUGUGUGAUUUUGAUGUUUCACUUCGAACAUACAAAACGUGCUGUUGAUCACAAUUAUCUUAAUUAAAGUGCAAAUUAAAAAGAAAAAAUUAAAACGAAAAAAAAGGAAAAAUAUAAAGCAACAAGGUGACGUGGGCUCUACACAAAAAGGAUAUACCCACAAUACGUAGUACAUAAAUAAUUAUUGAUAUUUAAAUCACAAAUAAAAAUUACUAGAAAAAAGAAAUUGAAUAAUCAAUCGAGCUUCCAGGAUUUGAAUAUAAUUCCCGAAGCAUCACAAGGACUUGUCUGGCCAUGUAAAUCGAAUGAAGAGUGCACUUCGGAGGAAUCUACAUGCUCAAAUUUUGGAACUUGCCAAUGUGAUUUUGAUCAUGUCUUUUCAUUGGACUAUACAAAAUGUCUGAAGACGUCACUGUAUAGUGAAAAAUGUGAAGAAACUGGUCAAUGCAAUCUUAUGCCAUCUGGAGCUAAAUGUAAUAAGGGGGUCUGCGAAUGCAAUGAUGGUUAUACAUAUGUUCGGGGACGUUGUAGGCUAUUAAACGGUCUCGGAAAUUCAUGUCAAACAGACAUCGACUGCCAUUUUGGAUAUGAUCGCCAAUCGGUUAUGUGCAAAAAUAAAAUUUGUGAGUGCGCAGAUGGAUAUUAUAAUAGACAUGGAAACAUUUGUCGCCGCAAAUCAAUGGCAAUUAAUGACACUUGUGUCGUUAAUACUGACUGUGAUGAACUUGGCAGCAAUGUCAAAUGUGUAAAUCUUGUAUGUGCGUCAACAAGCACAAACGGUGAUUUCCCACGUAAUCAAAGAGAAAUUGCCGUUCAAACUAGCCUAGAAUCGUACGAGUUAAAACCAUUAAACAACUUUAAGAGAGAUAUUUCAAUUGAAAAUCCAGCUUCGUCGACGGCAACCGGAAGAAUAACGCGCGAUGAAGAAGAUAAAACAUUAUCAACUUUAUCGAAUACCGACGAUGAUGUGGAUGAAAAGAAAUAUGGCAGCAGUUGUACAGACAAUGGUAAUCCAUGUCCGGGAUUGGCUCAUUCAACUUGUGCCGAUAAUGUGUGUUUUUGUAACCAAGGUUACUACGCCAAAAAUGGAAAGUGUUUUGCAGAACUGGGAGAGAUAGCCGAAAGUGUUGACGAGUGUGAAUUUGAAUUCGAAGAAGCAACUAAAAAAUGUCUUUGCCAAAAGAACUAUUUCUAUGAGCGUAGUCUUCGUUCAUGCAGAAAACCCAUCCAAUAUCAUUUGUCAUGUACAUCGAACAGUCAAUGCAGUCCAUUUGGUGCCGUUUUCUGCCAUCCUUCCAUACCCAGACGAUGCACAUGUGAAGAAUAUGCCGAAUACGAUGAACCAAGUCAGCUUUGUGUUUAUAAACAAGGCCUGGGAGCACAAUGUGAGACAAACGAUAGUUGCCCUAUUGAAAAUUCUAUAUGUUCUUCUGAACAUGUUUGUAAAUGCAAACAAAACUACAUUGAAGAUAACGGUGCUUGUGCAAAAGGAGUUGGAGCUGAAUGUAUUGAUGAUUCAGAAUGCUUGCCUACCAAUACAGUUUGUGAAUCGACUACUGAGAGCAAAAGUGAAAAAUCUAAAGCUUGUCAAUGUCGUAAGGGAUAUGUGCACUUUAAAGAUGAAUGUUUAAAACAAGCUGUAGAACCCGAGGAUGAAUGUGUAGAAACAGAACAAUGUAAGCCACUUUUAGCAAACUGUGUAGACAAAAAAUGCGUUUGCGGUGACAAACAACAUUUUAGCGGUGGAAAAUGCGUUGAUCAAAAAAGUUUGGGCGAAGCGUGUACAAGAGCCGGCGAAUGUCACUUGGAAAAAGAUCCUGAAAAUAUCGAAUGUAGAAAUUCAAUAUGUCAAUGCAAGAUUGGAUAUCAGCCAUCAACGACACAAAGAACGUGCACACAUGUAGGACCUAAAAAAAAUUCUUCCGGAAGGCCAAGUGCUCUUAAAAUUAUAACAUUUAUGUUAAUUGGAUCAGCAUUUUUGAUAACAAGCGCAGCACUGAAACAAGCAUUCUAUUGAGAAAAACAAAACAACUAGAAUCCAAUUUUAUUCAAAAUCUAAUUUUCAUCAAACCAUUGCAAGAAGGAUCUUUAUUUUUAAUUUUAUUUUAAUGUACAUUAAAUCUUUUUAAUAUUGUAUUAUAGACAUCAAAAAAGCAUUAAUUAAUUAUAAUUAUGUACACAAUUAACAAAUCGUUUAGAUACAAUUUGUAAAAUUAUAAGCAAGCAAUAUAUUCAAAUAAUAGAAUAAGAUAAGAAUCUUAUAGCUAUUAAGUUCUUAAUUAUUAAUCAAAAGUCCGUUUGAAUAAAUAAUAUUUUGAAAAAAGCUCAAAUUAUUAAAA